AUGUCACUUGCUAUCUCACAGCAAAUGACGACUAUGACACUACCCAAAAUACGUAUAACGACCAACUCGAAGGACGAAUGGGAUAAUCUACUUUUAACUGCCAAUAGUCUUCAUAAUCAUACACAGACUGAAACGGAAAACACCCUAACUAUACCCAAUACUACCACUAGCAACCUUACAAUUACUACUACUACUAUUACUGAAGGAAAGCUAAGUCAAGCACAUUCACUAUCGAGAAGACUCAGUCAACAAAAGCAACAACAACAACAACGACAAGAGGACAAUAUUAAAACAGAAGUUAUCAAUAUAUCCACAUCAAAUCCUUCCCAUUUAUUCUGGGUACCUGCUUCUCAACAUCCCGAAAUAGCACCGGCAGAAUUUGAAAAAUAUGUUAAACAACAUGGAUUAACUAUUCGACAAAAAAGUACGCGGGAGAAACGACAUUCUAUUUUGUCUACUUCAUUUACGCCCAACGAUGUCAUGGAAGAAGAGGAGCAGAAAGAGCACGAAAAGCGACCAAUAGCAGAGAGCAACAGGAAGAGGAAGUCCAUGUUAAGAAGAAGUAUGAGUGUACAAUUACCGAAAAAAGAUUUAGAUUACGCUGUAUCAGCAAAGAAUAAUGCGGUUGUGCCUGAUUUUUUGAUUUUCGACCGAAAUUCUUCGCCGUUCGAUGACUCUAGAAUUCUUGUACCAAAAGGAAUCAAUCGGCCUCUUUUGAGAAGAGGAGCGAGAACAAAUUUUAACAGACGGAACUCUUCUUCAUCGUCCACUACAACAGUGGACAAUAAUUCCAGCGAAAAUGGAUAUUACGAUAACAAUAGAAAUGGACAAAUGAUGAGGUCAUCCUCAGCAGAAGGUGUUACUUUAACAGACGUCUCUUCUACACGAAAACAAUUGAUGACGCCCGUUGUAGAGGAAGUAGACGAUGAUGAGCAAAAUGAUGACAGUACAAUAUGUAGUCUAGCCAUUGCCACUCCAUUAGAGAAACAUACAGAACCUUUAUCCCUUCAAAUGAUGUCCUCACUACCGCCAUCUUCGCCAACAUCCAUAAAAAAGGCCUCUAAAGAAGAUAAAAAGGGUAAUCCUUCAACUUCUUCUUCCCCACCCGAAUCUCUCGUGAUUACACGCUCAAUUUCAACGUCAUCAACAAAUCCUACAAAAUCGUCUAGCUCUCGUCAUCAUAAAAGUGGUUGGUCGUGGAUAUCAUUAUUUUCAGAUAAUAGCGCACAACAACAUCAGCAACAGCAGCAACAGCAGCAGCAGCAGCAGCGGCAACGGCAAACUUCAUCAGAUACCUCUGGAAAAUUCACUUUGUUGUCUACUCUUUUCUCUAGGAAAUCAAAGUCUUCUUCUUCACAACGUGAUAGUAAUAACAGUAGUACCAAACAAAUGGAAUUGGCCACGUCCAAUCUUUUAAAUCAAACUAUUUCAAAAAAAGACAAUUUUGAGUUGAAAAAUCCAAUGCUACAACCACAACGUCUGCCAUUGCAUGUUGAACGUGCCAUUUAUAAACUUUCACAUAUCAAACUCGCCAAUCCACGUCGACCUUUGCAUGAGCAAGUUUUGAUUUCAAAUCAAAUGUUUUGGUAUCUAUCUGUUGUAGUAGCUUCAAGUAGUAACAAUGAUACAGAUGCUACGACUAAUGCUAUCACUGAAAACGAACGUCAGAAAAAGGCGAUGGAAGCAAUCAGGAAGAGGAAAACAAAGAAACGGCUCGUUAAGAAAACGGCCCAGCAACAACAAAAAUCAGUUGCUUUAUUACAUCAGACGCAUCAAAAUACCACAACUGGCUUCGUCAUUCCUAACAAUUAUUUAAAUCCUCCCAAUGCGCAUAGGAAUAAUGCGAGACCGCAAGUAAAACAUGUUCAAAGUAGUGAUAGUGAUAGUGAUAGUAACAGUAGCAGCAGUAGUAGUAGCGAUAACGAUAGCACUGAUUCCUCAUCAGAAGAAGAGGACUCCGUUUCUGCUAUUCAGAAAAACAACAUCAAAUCUAUAAAAAAGAAAUCAAAAGCUUACAAGGUCAAAAGACCCACUACCAUAAUGAAUGAAGAAGAUGAUGAUCUACCAUUGGCUACCCGUCAAAUUAGAUAUAAAUAA